AUGGCGGUUUCAUCGUUCGCACGAUGGGCCUUGGCUUCUCUCCUCGCUGUUCCGCUUGUACAGGGUUUAGCGACUGAGAUCGUCGUUAAUGGAACUUAUUAUUCUGUCAACUCUUCCACAUUAGCUCCAGCCGGUGCACUUGUCGAUGGCAAAGUUCAGCUCACGGAUGCGAUCGUCACAAAUCUGACAGAUAUUGGACUAUCGAAUGCUGAAUUGUUUGAGUUCGAUACCAGCAGCAGUGACCUUAGCAAGAGAACCUAUUCUUGCAAAGUUUAUCCCGGUGAUGCAGCAUGGCCAGCGACCUUGAUAUGGGAUAUCUUUGAUAUACUCGCCGGCGGGGCGCUGAUUUCAACAGUGCCUCUUGCAGCGCCAUGUUAUGCUGACUGGCCUCAUCAUGAGAACACCGCCCAGUGUUUGCAAAUUACGGAUGAUUGGACAAACAGUUCGAUACACGCAUCGGAUCCCACCUCGAUCAUGUGGCCCCUUUAUCAGGGACGGACGUGUAUGCCUACUAAUGAUACUAGCGCGAGCUGUACGUUAGGAGCCUAUCCCGUGUAUGCACUAAACGUCUCCCAUGUUGCCCAAAUCCAACUUGCGGUUAAUUUUGCUCGCAAUGCCAACUUACGUCUUGUUGUCAAAAACACAGGUCAUGACUUCAAUGGAAAAUCUAGUGGCGCUGGCGCGCUUUCCAUCUGGACUCAUAACUUGAAGGAUCUCGAAUACAUUCCCAAUUAUUCAACCAGCUAUUAUACAGGAAAAGCUGUAAAAAUGGGAGCAGGUAUUCAAGCCUUUGAAAUAUAUGAAUUUGCGCGGGCGAAUGGUGUCACAGCUGUUGGAGGUGAAGGUCGAACAGUAGGUGUUGCUGGUGGUUAUGUUGCAGGAGGCGGACAUUCCCCUUUGUCCUCCAUCUAUGGUAUGGCGGCAGACCAAGUUCUCGAGAUGGAGGUUGUUACUCCAGAUGGGCGAUUCGUUACUGCCUCGGCCAUGAAGAAUACAGACCUCUAUUGGGCUCUCCGUGGAGGUGGUGGCUCGACUUUUGGUGUCGUAACAUCCGUCACCAGUAAAGUUUAUCCUGUCCUCUCGUCAACUGUCAUGAAAUUCAGUUUUGAAGUUGGUGGUAAUAUCACCGCUGAUAUGUUUUGGGCUGGUGUGCGCACCUAUUUCGAUCACUUCGUUGAGCACGCCGAAAAGGGUAUUUAUUCGUAUUUCGCCAUCCUCGCCACAGGUACUAAUGCUUGGUCGUUUGGCAUGCAGCCUUUAUUUGCGCCAAACUACACUGCAGCUGAACUUGAAACUUUGGUUGCUCCAUGGUUCGCCGAGCUUGGCAAGCUUGGUAUCAGCAUUACUCCUUCCAUUACAGAGUACACUGAAUUUUAUGAUGCAUGGUGGGACAAUUUCCCUCUCGAGACCGUUGGUACUGUCAAUAUCAAGACCGGUUCCCGUCUCUUCCCAAAAGCCAAUUUCCAGAACGAGACUAUUACCGAUACCACCUUCUACGCUAUUAAAGAAAGUAUUUUAGCUGGAGGAUCGUUCUUAGCUUUCAACAUCCAAGCAGCAGACAAUGCGGGGAAUGACAACUCGGUAAACCCAGCUUGGAGAGACACUUGCUUGCACGCUAUCAUGGCAAACUUCUGGGCUGCAGAUGCUGAUAAUGCAGCCAUUGCACUGGCAUCUGAAGUACUUACUUACAACUGGAUCCAACUAUGGAGGAAUGUUUCUCCUGAUGGUGGCGCGUAUAUGUCCGAGGCAGAUAUCAUGGAGCCGAAUUUUCAGCAAGCUUUCUAUGGCACCAAUUAUGACCGUCUGUACAGCUUGAAACAGAAGUAUGAUCCAAAGGGAUUGUUCUAUGCGCCGACCGCAGUAGGAAGUGAGGACUGGUAUAUUACUGAUCAAUUGACUGGUUUACCUACCCAGAAUGGGAGAUUAUGCCCAGCGACAUGGUGA